AUGGCCGAAUUCACGUCAGCCAAGAGAAGUUCCAAAAAAGAUCCUGCAUGGUAUGAUAUCGAUGACGAUGAGGAUUAUGAGUACUACUUAUGGAAGAAGUAUCGACGCGAGAAGCUGCGAAAAGCCCUUGAAGAAGAUGGCAACAGUGGCAGCACAAGACGAGGGAAACACCGUCACAACGACAACGACAGAACCAAUCUUUAUUACAGCACUUCAUAUUACGACUAUAAGUAA